AUGAAACCCUAUCACAACCCAUACAUUACAACAAAACAAAAACAUACGAACUUACACAAUAUCAAACACAACAAAGAAAAGAACAAGCAUCCCACCAUUUACAAGAAGAGCAUAAAAUGCCACUUUGUGCAAGGAAUAUGGAGCAGGAAAUACGAACCGCGCAAAAAGCGAUACAAUUCAAAUACAAACCAAUUACAAACAACUACCGAUGCGAAACACAAAAAAAAAUUAGAAACCAUGAAAAAUCACUUGGCAUACGUAAAACAAUACAACCACAACCACACGAAACCGCACUUCUCGAAGAUGAGACACCGCAUGCGAUUAUUCAAAGGCAGCGCGAGCACCGCCUGGGUCUGGAUCACGACGAGGCGCAGCCGUUGGAGGCCGCCCUGCUUGAGGACGAGGCGCCGCAUGCGGUUGUUGAGCGACAGCGCGAGCACCGCCUGGGUCUGGAUCACGACGAGGCGCAGCCGUUGGAGGCCGCCCUGCUUGAGGACGAGGCGCCGCAUGCGGUUGUUGAGCGACAGCGCGAGCACCGCCUGGGUCUGGAUCACGACGAGGCGCAGCCGUUGGAGGCCGCCCUGCUUGAGGACGAGGCGCCGCAUGCGGUUGUUGAGCGACAGCGCGAGCACCGCCUGGGUCUGGAGCACGACGAGGCGCAGCCGUUGGAGGCCGCCCUUCACAGUGAGAGGGAAGGCGAGCCUAUUGUCAUGGCUGAGAAGCGUUACCGUGACCUUGCUGCGCGUGACCGCCACGGCUUCACAGCACGUGAAGCCGCCCUGCUUGAGGACGAGGCGCCGCAUGCGGUUGUUGAGCGACAGCGCGAGCACCGCCUGGGUCUGGAUCACGACGAGGCGCAGCCGUUGGAGGCCGCCCUGCUUGAGGACGAGGCGCCGCAUGCGGUUGUUGAGCGACAGCGCGAGCACCGCCUGGGUCUGGAGCACGACGAGGCGCAGCCGUUGGAGGCCGCCCUGCUUGAGGACGAGGCGCCUCAUGCGGUUGUUGAGCGACAGCGCGAGCACCGCCUGGGUCUGGAUCACGACGAGGCGCAGCCGUUGGAGGCCGCCCUGCUUGAGGACGAGGCGCCGCAUGCGGUUGUUGAGCGACAGCGCGAGCACCGCCUGGGUCUGGAGCACGACGAGGCGCAGCCGUUGGAGGCCGCCCUGCUUGAGGACGAGGCGCCGCAUGCGGUUGUUGAGCGACAGCGCGAGCACCGCCUGGGUCUGGAUCACGACGAGGCGCAGCCGUUGGAGGCCGCCCUUCACAGUGAGAGGGAAGGCGAGCCUAUUGUCAUGGCUGAGAAGCGUUACCGUGACCUUGCUGCGCGUGACCGCCACGGCUUCACAGCACGUGAAGCCGCCCUGCUUGAGGACGAGGCGCCGCAUGCGGUUGUUGAGCGACAGCGCGAGCACCGCCUGGGUCUGGAUCACGACGAGGCGCAGCCGUUGGAGGCCGCCCUGCUUGAGGACGAGGCGCCGCAUGCGGUUGUUGAGCGACAGCGCGAGCACCGCCUGGGUCUGGAUCACGACGAGGCGCAGCCGUUGGAGGCCGCCCUGCUUGAGGACGAGGCGCCGCAUGCGGUUGUUGAGCGACAGCGCGAGCACCGCCUGGGUCUGGAUCACGACGAGGCGCAGCCGUUGGAGGCCGCCCUGCUUGAGGACGAGGCGCCGCAUGCGGUUGUUGAGCGACAGCGCGAGCGCCGUCUGGGUCUGGAGCACGACGAGGCGCAGCCGUUGGAGGCCGCCCUGCUUGAGGACGAGGCGCCGCAUGCGGUUGUUGAGCGACAGCGCGAGCACCGCCUGGGUCUGGAUCACGACGAGGCGCAGCCGUUGGAGGCCGCCCUGCUUGAGGACGAGGCGCCGCAUGCGGUUGUUGAGCGACAGCGCGAGCACCGCCUGGGUCUGGAUCACGACGAGGCGCAGCCGUUGGAGGCCGCCCUGCUUGAGGACGAGGCGCCGCAUGCGGUUGUUGAGCGACAGCGCGAGCACCGUCUGGGUCUGGAGCACGACGAGGCGCAGCCGUUGGAGGCCGCCCUUCACAGUGAGAGGGAAGGCGAGCCUAUUGUCAUGGCUGAGAAGCGUUACCGUGACCUUGCUGCGCGUGACCGCCACGGCUUCACAGCACGUGAAGCCGCCCUGCUUGAGGACGAGGCGCCGCAUGCGGUUGUUGAGCGACAGCGCGAGCACCGCCUGGGUCUGGAUCACGACGAGGCGCAGCCGUUGGAGGCCGCCCUGCUUGAGGACGAGGCGCCGCAUGCGGUUGUUGAGCGACAGCGCGAGCACCGCCUGGGUCUGGAGCACGACGAGGCGCAGCCGUUGGAGGCCGCCCUGCUUGAGGACGAGGCGCCUCAUGCGGUUGUUGAGCGACAGCGCGAGCACCGCCUGGGUCUGGAUCACGACGAGGCGCAGCCGUUGGAGGCCGCCCUGCUUGAGGACGAGGCGCCGCAUGCGGUUGUUGAGCGACAGCGCGAGCACCGCCUGGGUCUGGAUCACGACGAGGCGCAGCCGUUGGAGGCCGCCCUUCACAGUGAGAGGGAAGGCGAGCCUAUUGUCAUGGCUGAGAAGCGUGACCGUGACCUUGCUGCGCGUGACCGCCACGGCUUCACAGCACGUGAAGCCGCCCUGCUUGAGGACGAGGCGCCGCAUGCGGUUGUUGAGCGACAGCGCGAGCACCGCCUGGGUCUGGAUCACGACGAGGCGCAGCCGUUGGAGGCCGCCCUGCUUGAGGACGAGGCGCCGCAUGCGGUUGUUGAGCGACAGCGCGAGCACCGCCUGGGUCUGGAUCACGACGAGGCGCAGCCGUUGGAGGCCGCCCUGCUUGAGGACGAGGCGCCGCAUGCGGUUGUUGAGCGACAGCGCGAGCGCCGUCUGGGUCUGGAGCACGACGAGGCGCAGCCGUUGGAGGCCGCCCUGCUUGAGGACGAGGCGCCGCAUGCGGUUGUUGAGCGACAGCGCGAGCACCGCCUGGGUCUGGAGCACGACGAGGCGCAGCCGUUGGAGGCCGCCCUGCUUGAGGACGAGGCGCCGCAUGCGGUUGUUGAGCGACAGCGCGAGCACCGUCUGGGUCUGGAGCACGACGAGGCGCAGCCGUUGGAGGCCGCCCUGCUUGAGGACGAGGCGCCGCAUGCGGUUGUUGAGCGACAGCGCGAGCACCGCCUGGGUCUGGAGCACGACGAGGCGCAGCCGUUGGAGGCCGCCCUGCUUGAGGACGAGGCGCCGCAUGCGGUUGUUGAGCGACAGCGCGAGCACCGCCUGGGUCUGGAUCACGACGAGGCGCAGCCGUUGGAGGCCGCCCUUCACAGUGAGAGGGAAGGCGAGCCUAUUGUCAUGGCUGAGAAGCGUUACCGUGACCUUGCUGCGCGUGACCGCCACGGCUUCACAGCACGUGAAGCCGCCCUGCUUGAGGACGAGGCGCCGCAUGCGGUUGUUGAGCGACAGCGCGAGCACCGCCUGGGUCUGGAUCACGACGAGGCGCAGCCGUUGGAGGCCGCCCUGCUUGAGGACGAGGCGCCGCAUGCGGUUGUUGAGCGACAGCGCGAGCACCGCCUGGGUCUGGAUCACGACGAGGCGCAGCCGUUGGAGGCCGCCCUGCUUGAGGACGAGGCGCCGCAUGCGGUUGUUGAGCGACAGCGCGAGCACCGCCUGGGUCUGGAUCACGACGAGGCGCAGCCGUUGGAGGCCGCCCUGCUUGAGGACGAGGCGCCGCAUGCGGUUGUUGAGCGACAGCGCGAGCACCGCCUGGGUCUGGAUCACGACGAGGCGCAGCCGUUGGAGGCCGCCCUUCACAGUGAGAGGGAAGGCGAGCCUAUUGUCAUGGCUGAGAAGCGUUACCGUGACCUUGCUGCGCGUGACCGCCACGGCUUCACAGCAAGUGGAGCCGCCCUGCUUGAGGACGAGGCGCCGCAUGCGGUUUUGA